AUGCAUUGUGUUGCACUAAUAUUAACCGUGUUUGCAAUCAUUUUCAUCUAUUCAUCGGCUCAGAAUGCAUUCUUCCGUGAAGCGGAUUAUCGUCAGCUCUAUCCAUUGCUAUCGAUUGCUAUUCAAUUGCAGAAUCAUGCUCAUGCAUUACCAUAUUUUUUUGGUUUAUUAGAGAAUCUUGACUAUCCAAAGGAUCAGAUUCUAAUUGAUAUAUACUUGGAAACACAUAUUGAUGCAACUUUAUCAAAAAUCAAACAAUGGAUAAACGAUGCAAAGAAGCAUUAUCGUUCUAUUUUUUUUACUGAUGAUAUGAAAAAUUGGCAUGAAGAAGCAUUGAUGAAGGCAAGAAGUAGUAGAGCAAAAUAUGUGCUCUAUCUAAAGGGUGAUCAUUUGUUGACGGAUCAUAGGAUUCUACAAAGAUUGAUGCAAAAGAAGAAAUUAGCUAUUGCUCCUCUUCUUUUUGCUCCAUUUGGUGAUCCACCUACAGUGUUCAUAUCUGAAGAUUACAAUAGUCGAAGAGAAAUAUCUACCGUAGAAGUUAAGAUGGUUCCAGAACCGUUGCUAAUACAUUUAGCACACAGCGAUUCGUCAUUCUUAACAUUUUCUUCCUAUAAUUUGUAUGGUUAUUCUAAAAAUGAUUCUAAAGAGCCAAGUGCUGUGCUUGAAAAUUCAGCAUCUCGGAUGAAUAUACCAUUUUUCGUGGAUAAUGAACAUUUUUAUGGUUAUUUUUUCAAUCAUUCAUUGCGUUCAUUGGAUUUUCAACGAAAAGCGCUUCGUUAUCUGUUAGCAGAUUGGAUUGCUAAUAGUGGUUUGAUGCCAAUUGUACACUCAUCAUUCUUGGAGGUUACUUAUCCGAGACCAUCACUCUUUGGUGUUGAUAAAAUUUAUGUUAUCAAUCUCGAAAGACGAAACGACAGAAAAGCUAAAAUGAUGGAAUUAUUAAAACUGAUGGGAUUUGAAUAUACCUGGUGGAAAGCGACUGAUGGCCACCACUUGGAUUCAGAACCUUUAUACAGCGAGAUUAAGUUUUUGCCUGGAUAUGAGGAUCCGUACUAUAAAAGGCCGAUGAAAACGGGAGAAGUCGGUUGUUUCUUGAGCCAUUAUCGCAUAUGGCAGGAAGUAAACGAAAAAAAAUUAGAUCGUGUAAUUAUAUUCGAAGAUGAUUUGCGGUUUGUAGUCAAUGCAACGGAUCUUUUAAAAGAGCUCAUUGAAGAUAUUGAUAGUUCGGGAAUUGAAUGGGAUCUGAUAUAUUUGGGCAGAAAACGGUUGGAGGGUGCGAAUGAAAACUGGGUGCCUGGUCAUCGACAUCUGAGUACCGUUGAUUAUUCAUAUUGGACUCUUGGUUAUAUAUUAUCACUAAAUGGCGCUCGGAAACUACUUGAUGGCAAUCCUUUAAAAAAACUUGUACCGGUGGAUGAAUAUAUCCCAAUUAUGUUCAACAAACAUCCAAAUACGACAUGGGCAAAUGCAUAUCCACAUCGCAAUUUAAUUGCUUAUACGAUUUAUCCUACCAUUGUUGUUCCGGAAAGGUAUACCUAUCAGCAUGGUUACUUUAGCGAUACAGAAUAUUCGGAUAUUGUUGAUUUAGCAACUGCAACAAUUAAAGAUGAAUUAUGA